AUGGCUUCCGCCGUCUUCGACAUCAAGGAGCACGUCAUCCCCGGCGAGCACACGCGCGAGUACGCGCGGGCCAAGGCCAACUCCCAGGAAGACACGCUCGUCCUGCACGUCAAGCAGUACACGCCCAAGGGCAAUGGCGCGCCGCAAAAGGGCGACCUGAGCAUCAUCGGCGCCCACGCCAAUGGCUUCCCCAAGGAACUAUAUGAGCCUCUCUGGGAGGAGCUCGUCAAAGAGCUCUCCAGCAAGGGCGUCCGCGUCGGCUCCAUCUGGAUCGCAGAUUGCGCCUGGCAAGGCCAGAGCGGCAUCCUGAACAAGGCCAAGCUCGGCGACGACCCCGGCUGGUUCGACUACUCCCGCGACAUGCUGCAGCUCAUCAACCACUUCCGCCCACCGCGGCCCCUCCUCGGCGUCGGCCACUCCUUCGGCGCCUGCGCCCUCGUCAAGCUGUCCCUCUUCCACCCGCGUCUCUUCUCCGGGCUCGUCCUCGUCGACCCUGUCAUCGCCACGCACCACCCCUCCUUCCUCGCCGCCUACCUGCAGCCGCCCACCAUGAGCGCCCGCCGCCGCGACCUCUGGCCCUCCCGCGCCGCCGCCGCCGCCGCCCUCCGCCGGAGCCCCUUCUACCAGACCUGGGACCCGCGCGUCUUUGACCGCUGGAUCGCCCACGGCCUCACCCCGACCACUGAGGGAGAAGGGGAGGUCACGCUGACCACCACCAAGCACCAGGAAGUCUUUACCUUUUCCCGCCCCAGCUUCCACGCCGUCACCGCCGACGGCAGCGGCGUCGAGGUGGACCUUGUGCCGGACAUGGACACCUCGCGCGGCGUCAUGACGCCGGUGUACCGCCCGGAGCCCGGCGCCGUGUUCGACCAGCUGCCGCACCUGCGCCCGCCCGCGCUCUGGGUGUUUGGCGGCGCCAGCUACAUGUCCACCGAGUCGAUGCGGGAGGAAAAGGUGAGCGCGACGGGGGUGGGGCUGGGGGGCAGCGGCGGCGUCAAGGCAGGGCGCGUCAAGGAGGUGGUCGGCGAGGAGUGGGGGCACCUGAUCCCGCUGGAGGCGCCGGCGUUCGUGGGCCGCGCGGCGGCGGCGGCGGCGGCGGAGGCGGUGGGAAGGUGGCGGGAGGAGGAGCGCGCGUACGAGGCGUGGGCGGCCAGGCCGCUCGAGGACAAGGCGCGCAUAAGCAAGGGGAUGCUGGAUGCCAUGGCCGAGGCCCUGAAACCAAAGCUCUGA